CCUCCCGCCUCCUCGCUUUCCCUCUUCUAAGUCCUUCCACCGCCCGCAGCUGCAGGAGGAGGCGGACGCUCUGCUGCGGGACCGCGGGAGCAGCGGCAGUUGGACCCGGGGACUGGCGGCGGGACCCAAGCUGGCGGCUGGACCGCGAACUCCCUUUCUCUUCCGUUCCCCACCUCCUGAGCUCACUCGCUGCGCUUCGCUCUGGCCCGCAGCCGCCUGUGUUCACUGUCGCUCUGUGGCGGCACCGCGGGGGUGGCAGCAGUUUCAGCUCUGUCCCUCCCUCCCCUCCUUCCCUUAUUCCCUCCCUCCCUACAGCCCCACCACGCAGGAGUUCGCCUUCUCCACCCAAGUCGUCUUGAUUUCCCUUUGCCUCUCUUUUUGAAAGGAGAGAGGUGAAGGGAGGCAACAAGGCUGCAAAGCAGAGGCCCGCCAAGUCGGCCUGCCUGCAAAGUGUUGCUUUGACACAUCCUGACUAUGGAAGUUAAGUGAAAAAAAAAAAAAAAAAAAAAAACUCUGGACGUGGAGCUGCUACCGAGAAGGAGACCCGGGGGAAGAAAACCAGUAGGCAGGCCAAUGAUUUUUCGGCAGCGCGCUGGCAAGUUUGUGGAACACUUUCUAGGAAUUAGGUCUUUUUUCUCUCCCUUCAUCUUUUUGACUUCUGAAGAAAGAACUUGACUUUGGAUUGCAGUGGAGACUGAGGAGUGAGCGUUAGACACUCUUGAAUAAUCCCAACGGCUGGGCUGAAUUUGUGGGAAUUUAAGAAGCCAGAAUGUGGAAAUACAGCAGCCUUUGGAGUGCCAACGGUUAAUUUGGAUGGAUCUAAAUGUGCCCACUCAAGAUCUCUCCACUAACCCCUUCUGAUCUUGCGAUUUGCUCUUCUUGACUUUAAUUAGCAUCUAGAAAAGUCUGAACUUUGGACCUACCUCUCCUUUUGAUACUUAUUUUUGUACUUUUGCUCUCUGGGAUUGGUUUCUUAACAAUCUGGAUCCUUUUUAAUAUGUCAAAAUGAGUCGGCUGAUGUUUACACAACUACUACUCUGUGGAUUUUUAUAUGUUCGGGUAGAUGGAUCUCGUCUUCGCCAGGAGGACUUUCCCCCGCGUAUUGUGGAGCACCCUUCAGAUGUCAUUGUUUCUAAGGGAGAGCCCACCACUUUGAACUGUAAGGCAGAGGGCCGACCAACACCCACCAUUGAGUGGUACAAAGAUGGCGAGCGGGUGGAGACUGACAAGGAUGAUCCCCGGUCCCACAGGAUGCUGCUGCCCAGCGGAUCCUUAUUUUUCUUGCGCAUAGUACACGGGCGCAGAAGUAAACCUGAUGAAGGAAGCUACGUUUGCGUUGCAAGGAACUAUCUUGGUGAAGCAGUAAGUCGAAAUGCAUCUCUGGAAGUGGCAUUGUUACGAGAUGACUUCCGGCAAAAUCCCACAGAUGUAGUAGUGGCAGCUGGAGAGCCUGCAAUCUUGGAGUGCCAGCCUCCCCGAGGACACCCAGAACCCACAAUCUACUGGAAAAAAGACAAAAUUCGAGUUGAUGACAAGGAAGAAAGAAUAAGUAUCCGUGGUGGAAAACUGAUGAUCUCCAACACCAGGAAAAGUGAUGCAGGGAUGUAUACCUGUGUUGGCACCAAUAUGGUGGGGGAAAGAGACAGUGAUCCAGCAGAGCUGACUGUCUUUGAACGACCCACAUUUCUCAGGAGGCCAAUUAACCAGGUGGUACUGGAGGAAGAAUCUGUAGAAUUUCGUUGUCAAGUCCAGGGUGAUCCUCAACCAACUGUGCGGUGGAAAAAGGAUGAUGCAGACUUGCCAAGAGGAAGGUAUGACAUCAAAGAUGAUUACACUCUGAGAAUUAAGAAGGCCAUGAGUACAGAUGAAGGCACCUUUAUGUGUAUUGCGGAGAAUCGGGUUGGAAAAGUGGAAGCUUCUGCGACCCUCACAGUUCGAGCUCGCCCUGUUGCUCCUCCACAGUUUGUGGUUAGGCCAAGAGAUCAGAUUGUUGCUCAAGGUCGAACUGUAACAUUUCCCUGUGAAACUAAAGGAAAUCCACAACCGGCUGUUUUUUGGCAAAAAGAAGGAAGCCAGAACCUGCUUUUCCCAAACCAACCCCAGCAGCCCAACAGUAGGUGUUCUGUGUCACCAACUGGAGACCUCACGAUUACCAACAUUCAGCGUUCUGACGCGGGUUACUAUAUUUGCCAGGCCCUAACUGUGGCAGGAAGCAUUUUAGCAAAAGCUCAACUGGAAGUUACUGACGUUUUGACAGAUAGACCUCCACCCAUAAUUCUACAAGGUCCAGCCAACCAAACGCUAGCAGUAGAUGGUACAGCAUUACUGAAAUGUAAAGCUACUGGUGAACCUCUUCCUGUAAUUAGCUGGUUAAAGGAGGGAUUUACUUUUCUGGGUAGAGAUCCAAGAACAACUAUACAAGAGCAAGGAACACUGCAGAUUAGAAACUUACGGAUUUCUGAUACUGGCACUUAUACGUGUGUGGCUACAAGUUCAAGUGGAGAGACUUCCUGGAGUGCUGUGCUGGAUGUGACAGAAUCUGGAGCAACAAUCAGUAAAAAUUAUGAUUUAAGUGACCUGCCAGGGCCACCAUCCAAACCUCAGGUCACUGAUGUUACUAAGAACAGUGUCACCUUGUCCUGGCAACCAGGUACUCCUGGAACCCUCCCAGCAAGUGCAUAUGUCAUUGAGGCGUUCAGCCAAUCAGUGAGCAAUAGCUGGCAGACAGUGGCAAACCAUGUGAAGACCACCCUCUAUACAGUAAGAGGACUGCGGCCCAAUACAAUUUAUUUGUUCAUGGUCAGAGCAAUCAACCCCCAAGGUCUCAGUGACCCAAGCCCAAUGUCAGAUCCUGUGCGCACACAAGAUAUCAGCCCGCCCGCACAAGGAGUGGAUCAUAGACAAGUACAAAAAGAACUAGGAGAUGUCAUUGUUCGUCUUCACACUCCUGUUGUAUUGACGCCCACCACUGUUCAAGUCACGUGGACGGUUGACCGCCAGCCCCAGUUUAUUCAAGGCUACCGGGUGAUGUAUCGUCAGACUUCAGGCCUGCAGACUGUGUCAACAUGGCAGAAUUUAGAUGCCAAAGUCCCAACUGAGCGAAAUGCUGUCUUAGUCAAUCUGAAAAAGGGAGUGACUUAUGAAAUUAAAGUUCGACCAUAUUUUAAUGAGUUCCAAGGAAUGGAUAGUGAAUCUAAAACAGUUCGGACUACUGAAGAAGCCCCAAGUGCCCCUCCCCAGUCUGUCACUGUGCUGACAGUUGGAAGCCACAAUAGCACAAGUAUUAGUGUUUCCUGGGAUCCUCCUCCUCCAGAUCAUCAGAAUGGGAUUAUCCAAGAAUACAAGAUCUGGUGUCUGGGGAAUGAAACGCGAUUUCAUAUCAACAAAACUGUGGAUGCAGCCAUUCGGUCUGUAAUAAUUAGUGGAUUAUUCCCAGGUGUUCAAUACCGGGUAGAGGUUGCAGCUAGUACCAGUGCAGGGGUUGGAGUAAAAAGUGAACCACAACCAAUAAUAAUUGGGGGACGUAAUGAAGUUGUCAUCACUGAAAACAAUAACAGCAUAACUGAGCAAAUCACUGAUGUUGUGAAGCAACCAGCCUUUAUAGCUGGUAUUGGUGGUGCCUGCUGGGUAAUUUUGAUGGGUUUUAGCAUAUGGUUGUAUUGGCGAAGAAAGAAGAGAAAGGGACUCAGUAAUUAUGCUGUUACAUUUCAAAGAGGAGAUGGAGGACUAAUGAGCAAUGGAAGCCGCCCAGGUCUUCUAAAUACUGGUGAUCCCAGUUAUCCAUGGCUUGCUGAUUCAUGGCCAGCCACGAGCUUGCCAGUAAAUAAUAGCAGUAGCGGCCCAAAUGAGCUUGGGAAUUUUGGACGUGGAGAUGUUCUGCCACCAGUUCCAGGCCAGGGGGAUAAAACAGCAACGAUGCUCUCAGAAGGAGCCAUUUAUAGCAGCAUUGACUUCACGACCAAAACCAGUUACAACAGUUCCAGCCAAAUAACACAAGCUACCCCAUAUGCCACAACACAGAUCUUGCAUUCCAAUAGCAUACAUGAAUUGGCCGUCGAUCUGCCUGAUCCACAAUGGAAAAGUUCAAUUCAGCAAAAAACAGAUCUGAUGGGAUUCGGUUAUUCUCUACCUGAUCAGAACAAAGGUAACAAUGGUGGGAAAGGUGGAAAAAAGAAGAAAAAUAAAAAUUCUUCUAAACCACAGAAAAACAAUGGAUCAACUUGGGCCAAUGUUCCACUACCUCCUCCCCCAGUCCAGCCCCUUCCUGGUACAGAGCUGGAACAUUAUGCAGUGGAACAGCAAGAAAAUGGCUAUGACAGUGAUAGCUGGUGCCCGCCGUUACCAGUACAAACAUACUUACAUCAGGGUAUGGAAGAUGAAUUGGAAGAAGAUGAUGAUCGUGUCCCAACACCUCCUGUCCGAGGAGUGGCUUCUUCUCCUGCCAUUUCCUUUGGACAGCAGUCCACUGCAACUCUUACUCCAUCUCCACGGGAAGAGAUGCAACCCAUGCUGCAGGCUCACCUGGAUGAGUUGACAAGGGCCUAUCAGUUUGAUAUAGCAAAGCAAACAUGGCACAUUCAAAGCAAUAAUCAACCUCCACAGCCCCCAGUUCCACCAUUAGGUUACAUGUCCGGAGCCUUGAUUUCUGAUUUGGAAACAGAUGUUGCAGAUGCCGAUGCCGAUGAUGAGGAGGAAGCUUUAGAAAUCCCUAGGCCCCUGAGAGCACUAGAGCAGACGCCUGGAUCCAGUACAGACAAUCUAGACAACUCUGUGACAGGUUCAAUGGUAAAUGGAUGGGGCUCUGCAUCUGAUGAGGAUCGUAACUUUUCUAGUCAUAGAUCUAGUGUAGGUAGCUCCUCAGAUGGCUCCAUCUUUGCCAGCGGCAGUUUUGCACAAGCACUGGUGGCAGCAGCAGAUAAAGCUGGUUUUAGGCUGGAUGGAACCAGACUAACAAGAACAGGCAAAACUUUUACCUCCUCCCAAAGACCUCGACCAACCAGCCCAUUUUCUACUGACAGUAACACCAGUGCAGCUCUGAGUCAAAGUCAGAGGCCCAGGCCCACUAAAAAACACAAGGGAGGGCGAAUGGACCAGCAACCAGCAUUGCCUCAUCGAAGGGAAGGAAUGACAGAUGAGGAGACCUUGGUGCCCUACAGCAAGCCCAGUUUCCCAUCUCCAGGAGGUCACAGCUCAUCAGGAACAGCUUCUUCUAAAGGAUCCACUGGACCUAGGAAAACCGAGGUGUUGAGAGGAGGCCACCAGCGCAAUGCCAGCGAUCUUCUUGACAUAGGAUAUAUGGGCUCAAAUAGUCAAGGACAGUUUACAGGUGAAUUAUAGUAACUGAGAAGAGACAUGCAAAGCUGCUCUGAAGGACCAUCAGGUCUGAACUCAUGGAAGUGAUGACACUAAACAGUGCAAUGAACAAUUUCUUUAUUUAUGUACUAUUAAAGGAACUGUAAAUGCAAUGUAAAGACACACAGCCACACAUAUCCCACAGAUAUUUUACUUCUGUUCUUCUCUUAAGUACACCACCCACCUUAACUCUUUCUUGUCAGGAGUAUAUAAAAAAAGAAAGAAAACAAAGCUCGCCCUCCGGGAAGAAAAGGAUUUUCCUCUGUAUAUAAUUUCUUUUGUGCAUUGCUAUGCAAGCUCACUUUUUUUAGAUCUGUUCAUAUUAUUGUCUGUUCUUAUUGGUCUGUUGUACUAUAUGUGAAUUAAUAGGCUGUGGUGCCAUAUAUUAACUUUUAAUUGUGUAACUUUUAUGUUUAAAUUUUGCACUGCGAUUUUAUUUGGUGAUAAGCACAAAUCUCUACUCCUCGUGACAUGAAGAAAAAGACUGAAUGUGAAAGGAGUUUCUGUACUGUAAGCUAGGUUGGGUAAUGCUGGUCGUAAGGAAUCACGUUAGAUGGUUUUUGGUUGGGGUGUAGAAAUAGGAAGAUGCGAAGGAACAGUGCUGUUGGUGAAGUCUUUUUGAACAUCAGUGACUGAGUCAAUAAAAAAAGCAGAAAGGUGGCUUUUACUAUUGACAAAAGCAGGGGUCAAAGGAAGGAAAUUUAAGUCUUAAGACUGAAUACGUAUUAAAAUACACAGGUAGCAAAGAUGUACUAAACUUGCUUAAAAAAUAAAAAGUAAAUUAAAGUUAUAUUUAGAAUCAACUUUGCCUGUCGUUGUAAUUGACCCAUCUGAGAAUUACAGGCAAAAGGAAAUUAAGGUGUUUCACAAGAGCUGUAUUUAUAUUACAGUUCUUUUAAAAAGCAUUUUAUGAAUUAUCAUAAUUAAUCUCUCUAACUCAUUAAGUCAGAAUAUAAUAUGAUGUUCCCCAAGGAAACAAACCAAAUGAACUCUACAGCAAAUAGUUAAAGUGGCAAUUUAUUAUUAGGACAUACUCGAACUGCUUCUAAAUACAAAAACUCUAUUGCAAUAUCUUGUUUUAUCUUUCUAAUACAUGUACAGUACACACUAGAGGAUAGAGCUGCAUCACUUCAAUUCAUGAUUUCUUUUAAAAAAUAAUGCAGUCAUAUACAACUUUGUGUUUCAUUUGUUUAAGAAGUAAAAUUUAUGCCACCAAAUAUAUAGCCAAAUUGAAAGUACUUAAAAAGCAGUGCUCAGAGUAUGUUCAGUUCAUGGAAACUAGAUUUAUUGGAAUAAAUAUUUUAUGGUACAUUCUCAAAAAUUGGCUACCAACUAAAUUAUGUUUGACCCAUUUUGAUGAGUAAAUUGAAAAAAAAUUGAGGAGAAAAAUGCAUGUUUAUAUACUUUUUAAAUAAAACUGAACCUCGUAAGUGGACAUUAAUAACAGUGUCCUGCCUCAUUUGUUUUCACGACUUUGAGAACAAGAAGUUCCUGAACAUCAGUCAUGUAUGGUCAAAAUGAAUAUGACUUUAAAACAUAUGUUAGCUACUGUACAUGUAUAGUCAAUCAGUCAAGUAGAAGAGAACUUUUCCAAAAUUUUUACUUGUGUUUUAUCCCCACGUGCUGCCUACAUAAUUGUAAAUUCUAUUUCCUUAUAUUCUCUCACAUUUUUCUAUGAUGUGUUCAGUAGUUGGUACUUUAAAACAUAUUUGAUGUAAUAAUAAGGAUCAAUUCUAAAAUAUGGGACCCAUUUGAAUGACAAAUCAUGCUUUGUGCAUUUUUGGCUCAGUCACCAAUUGUGUGCCAGAUGGCAAUGGCAAAAUUAAAUGUUUCCCUUUUUUUUUUUUUUUUUUUAAUUUUCUGAGACUUCAUCAACACAGGCAAGGAUAGAGGAACAAUAUGUUCCUAUGGGCUCCAACUUCUUGGUGCCAUGUAGUUUAUUUCUUCACUAAGGAGAAAAAUAAUUCUGAGACACAUAUUAAACAGUCAAUUUUCUCCUAUAAGUGUCUGAAUUUUAAAGCAGUUUGAUUUCUCUGGAACAAAGAGAAUGGGGAAGAUGAGAAGUUUCUCCUAAGAAAGAGUACAUAGUUAUUCACAACCAUAAGAUGUGAGGCAUUUAAAUUUUUAUUUAUGCAUUUUCCUACUUCACCUCUUUCUAUUUAAAAGCAAACAAAUUUUUGUUCAUUUGUAUUUCCUCUUUAUAUUCCUCUAUAACUCAAUUUAGUCGAAAACUUAAGUUCAUUACACAUUUUACACAUAGCCCUUGACUCCUGGUAACUGGCAGGUGUAGGUGACUAAUAAACCACUACUUCAAAAACAGAAUAUGUGUAUGCAGGUGACUUCUGAAAUAAUGCAGGGCAUGCAUCAUAUCUUCCUAAUUGUCUCCAGUGCAUAAAAUGAAUUUAUAAUCAGAUUAUGUCAGUGCAGACUUAUAGUUUCUUGGAAUACUCUUUUAGAAUAGUCCAUAUUCCCUGUUAAAUCUAGUUUUUAAUAAAUUAGUCAGUCAAAUCUUUCACACAAAAGAUCAUUCUCAGAUAAAUGUAGAGCAAAAUAAAAAGCUGUGGCUAUCCAAAUGAAUUCAGGAACUGUAUCAAAAAAUCAAAAGCCUUUGUCAAAUUGCUAUAUGUAAGAAGCUUCUAAUCUUUAUAGGUUAAAAUAUCAUUUAAAAAACACAAACAUGUAUGAAUACUACCACAGUUUUUCAUUUUCAUUAAAUGACUGGUUAGAAAUUCACUGAGCUCACUCUUUUGCAGGUCUAAAUGGAGGCCCCACAUCUGCUGUCAAAAGACAUUCUAGUGGGAGAGAACGUAAUCUUAUCUUGCACUCACAGGCAACGCUGCUGUGCUGUCAUGCCCUGCACAAGCACAGCUCCAUUCUUAACUUACACAGUCUCCACUAGGGAAAUACUGAAUCGGUGCCCCAACCCAGGUAUGCCUCAGAGUAUGCACGCAGAGUCAAACUACCCCUUCUCUAAAUCUUUUCUAUGUCAUUUCUAAAAUAACAUGGGAGAGUACAGGCUCAUGAAAACAACCGAUUACUUCACAGGAUUUGAAUCCAGUUCAAGGGAGAAUAGGAAAAUCAAGACAAACAUAUAAAGUAUCAUACAACCAAAGGAAGGAAAAACAUUACAGGUUUACUUGCUUUAGGUAACAAAACAGAUUAAAUGGUGUUCUAUGUGAUAAUUUAAUGCUCUGGUUAUUUAAAUAUAUUUUUAACAGUAUUUGAGUUGAAAGUUUGCAUCAGCUUGAUAGAACACCCCAAAUUUCUAUUCAACAAAUUUAUAUAAUUGUCCAUUGACAACAUAAUUAUAAUAACACAAUGAGCUCUAACUGUGGUUUAUCUUCUCCACUGGAAAGUGAUUGUGCAUCAGUAUUAAAAAUAUGCAGAACCAUGACAUUCACUAAUUUGUUUAUCUGCUUCCGUAUAUUGUAUUUAUAGAAUUACGUGACAAAAAUUGAUGUAAAGCAACAUCUUUCCACAUUCUCUUAAAGGUGAAGUUAAUUUUAUUUUGCUUCUCUAUACUGUGUACUUCACAUGAAAUACCAUACAGGUUUUAAAUGAAGUUCAAUUUACUAAUUUAUCUUAUGUCAUAAUUUUCAAAAGCAUUUAUUGAGACUUUAAAAUGUUGCAAGAUAAGGGAUUUUGUGGCCGUGGGUAGACUUUUUAUACUUUGUUUUAUAGAUGGAUUCUUUUUUAACUGUAGUUUGUUUAAGUCACUAAACAGCAUCCCAAAUUUUAAUGUGUUUCAUCUGAUGUUGUUAGAUCAGAAAAGAAAUUGGCGUAACACUGAUUAAUAGUAUUGUCAAAGAAUUGUGUAUUGUGUACUCACUGGGAAAAAAUAAAAUAUAUUCACAUUUCAAA